UUUCAUAGUUGAAUUCUACAUGUUUGGACCUAAACGUAUUUUUCAAUCGACGACGUUUCUAAUUUUCAUAAUGCAGUCAAGCGUGAUAGAGAACACCAUACGUGAUGGUAUAUCUAAACAGCUGAAGUAAUGAUGGACUGCCAUAAUGACGUCAGAAAGUGUAACUCAGAUGAUAGAAAAGAAAGUACUGAAGAAUGUUCUUUACGGCACAUGGACUGGAGAUUUAAGGGCAGAAUGCGAAACGGAAACAGUCUUUGUGAAUCCAUUUACUGAAAUAAAGAAUGAUGGAUUUACAACGGAAAAUAGAAAUGUAUCAAGACAUCAGGAGACAACUUUCCACAACUCGCCAAGUUCAAAUGAAAAACGAUCAUCGUCAAACACUGAUGAAACUUCUUCUUCUAGUGUAGAAUACCCAUCAUCUGUAGAUGAAGACAAUAAAGGCGACGAAGAGAAACCAGUUGAUGAUUCCUUCGACAAAAACAUCGAUGAAGUUGACUACUUUGAUAGUGAAGAAGAAUAUAUGGAAUCUCACGGUCACAGAUUUGACGAAAAAGAUACGGAUUUACACCAGGAGGAUACUAUUAAAUCUGUGAACGGCAGAUAUAGCGAGGGAAUGGAGCAGUACCACAACCUGUCUAUCUACAAGAGAUCUAUACAGAAGUUUGCAACUGACAACCACUUCGAAAUCCAUGACGUCAUUCACGAUGGGAAUUGUAUGUUUCGAGCUCUAGCUGAUCAGUUCAUGAUUAACGGACGAACCGGAUACACCGCGGAAAAACUCCGAGGCGUUGCAAUAAACUAUUUGAAAGAACAUCCAUACAACGAAGAAGGCCAUCACAUGCAGUCGUUUUUGUGUAUGGAGUCUUGGGAAGACUAUCUCUCUAGAAUGUCCAGAACCAGUGAGUGGGGUGAUCACAUAAUUCUCCAGGCUGUUACUGAUGCCUUCAACCUAGACAUCGUUGUGUUUAACGUGUUUCAGGAUGACAUAAGGCGAACCGAGGUUAACCCAGGAAAAGACAUCCGAGUACAAAGGAUUCAAAUGUUUCUGGGUCACAUUGGAGAAUUUCAUUAUUUGAGUUUGCGCCUAGACCACUGGACAUCAUUCUGGCCGUACAAGUCCAUUUUGUACAGACUUAUCACUUGUUCUAAACAUCUGCCUCCACCAACGAGACGACAGCUCAUCCAGAACAAAAUCAAAGAUAUUGGAGCUAGUGCAAUAGUUACUGAAGAUGAGUAUCUAGACUUGCUUCAACUUCAUGUGGGAGAUGAAAGUAAAACCAGCACUGAUCAGGAGAAACCGUCAAAAGGAAACCAGGUCGAUUGUUCUACAAUUCAUGAAGAUUAUUUGUUGCACUUUGACAAGUACUGUUUAGAUGAUUUGCAACUUGAAGAAACAGAAGAUUCUUUGAACAGCAUCUUCUUUGAUCCCUUGCAUAUCGACGUCAUGACUGGUGUUCCACUUCCUCAUCUGUCCAACAUUCUUAAACAGCUAUUCCCACUUUAUAUGAUAAAUCCAUAUGUUGCGGCACGUGGUCCAAUUUUAUUUCCAACCUUUUCUAUCCACUGCAUCGGAUCUUUUGCAGAUGGAAACAAUGUCGUUUUAAAAGACAUUAGCAAAAAUCAAACAAAACGUGCAUUUUAUAAUACGCAGAUACAAAAGCAAACUGGAGAAGCCGUCAUUAUUCCAAUGGACAAAAUAGUAUGUCAUUCUGAUUAUACAGAGAGCUCAUGUGUGAAUAUUUACGCUGAUUCAACGAACACACAUCCUGGAUACUGUCAGUUAAAAGUGCCUGUAGCUGCUACUGGAAUGAGUGUAAAUAAUGUUUUACAGAAGGGUUCUCAAAAAUUUCUAAAAGGAAUAGAAGUCGAGGUCGAUGUUUCUCUUUGUAAGGAUGUGGAUUUCAAGUAUAAAGGCCUAAUUUGUGAUGCAUUUCCUCCAUCAACACAGGAGUGGAAAGUUCGAGAAAGGAAGUUUACGUUUCCCUCUCGUCAUCUUAUGCGUAAGAUUUUGAAAAUGAACUGUACAUUGAUUAAAAAAGCACAUCCCAGGAGUAAAGAACCCGACAUAGAAUGGAAGUACAAUUUUUCUAUGGCUGAACACGUCAUCUUUACGGGAGGUGUUACGGAAUCCCAACUUCAUGGAUUCUUUGUCUUUAAAGUUUUAGUUGACAACGCUACUUUUCAUCUGACGAAACAGUUGAAGAAUAAGCAUUUGAAAGCUGCGUAUUUAUAUGCCCUUGAAGAAAUCCCUUGUGAGGCCUGGGAAACCAAUUUCAGUGGAUGCAUCUUAUUUGUUCUAAGCACUUUGAUAAAGUAUUUAAAGGCCAAAUUUCUUCCACAUUACUUCAUUUCAACUAACAAUCUAAUCGACUGCUUUCAUGUUGAAGAAAUUGAAGCUCUUUGCGUUAAUGUGGAAUGUAUCCGUGCGUUUCCAGUGACGGUAAUCCAAAACAUAGCCGAAAACCAUGGAUAUAGUUAUGCGCCAAAAUUGAUCAAAAUGGUCUUUGAAAACUGCAAGACUUUUGUUCACAACAAAGAUUUGUUGUCAGUAUGUAUGGAUGCGUUCAUACCUGGAACAUUGUGCUCAGUUAAAACCUUAACAAGACUUGGAUUUUAUGGAUCUGCAUUUAAGCUACUUCAAUACACCCACGAGCAGAUGCUUCUAUUGCCCAUGUCAGAUGGCGGAUUUGCUAUACCGAGUUUGAUAGAAUUUUUUCAAAUGUUUCUGAGAAACAUACGCCAGAGAUCGUCCCGAGUUAUUUUGGCAAAUCUGUUUGACAUACAUUAUCAGACCAACAUCUUGAAUGAAUACGUAGACAAUGAUAAAAUAUUUGCAAAAGAUAUCCUGCCCUGGAAGGUGAAUUUCCAAAUUGGAUAUACGGAAAUCCCAGUAGAUAAGAAAACAGAUUUUUCUUUUCUCGCUGACAUUUUCUACAGAGAAAGUUUAAGAGAAUACGAUAAACGCAAUUCAACACUGGCAACUUUGACUCUUGAGACAGCAGUGCUGUGCGUUCAAAAGGCCAUCGAGAUGGACACAAUAAGUACGGAUGAAAUACAGGACAAGACUCUUAAAGAAGAAAUACUUAGGCAACGGGACGUGGUAGUGAUGGACCUGAAAAGGAAACUGAAGUUAUACUACCUUUUUAUGUAUGAUGUAUCGGUGCAGUAUUGCGCAUUUGUGCCAAUGCAAAACCAUAUGGAUGACAUCGAAAAUCUUUGCAAGGAGCUUCCAGAAUUGGCAUGCUUUGCCGCUCUAAUGUUUAGAUACUUGCGCCGAAACGACAAAGCUUUAGAGUAUGAGGGAUUAGGUAACGCUUAUCUAAAACAAAGAAAGCCUGUGUUACGGGAGCUAUAGGCCAAUCCGAAAACAUGAGUUACCUUUCCUUGAUCCGGAACGUAGUGCACUUACAUAAUUUAGUUUAAGACUUCCGGGUAGUAUAUUCGGGAAGUGUCAUUAUCAACAGUGCAUAAGGCCGCAAAGAUAUUGCUGUAUAAUUUUACAGCAAUCACGCCAACAAAUAUGUUAACGUUAAGAAAAAAUCACAAUGCAUAGGUUUCCUUCAUACAUGUGGAAAAAACCCAUCUUUGCAUAUAAAAAUGAUUGAAAAUUAAUGUAAUUAAAGGAGAACCCCCUAUUCAGGAUUUUACGUGUUUUGUGACUGAAAGAUAUUGCAUAAAUUUCCUCAGGUACUUUACUCUGGGCAUUUUAGAACCCCGUAUUUUAACACGGUCAGAUUUAUGAUAAAAUGUCAGAGGUCGCUUGUUCAAUAUCAAUGUAGUACUCAUGAAACAUUAAGCCAUAUUUAAAAGUUGUGACACUAUAUACAUGUACGUCUAGAGGAAAGAUAAAUUUCCAGCGGAUCACUGAGGAACAUCCCAUUUAUACUUAUACACCAUGCUACCACGUCCUGAUCAUAUCAAGCUAGCUGCUACUGAUCAUCAUCUAACCAUCGGUUAAUUUCAAGAACUUGCUUGUUUUUUAUUUUCUGCACCAAAAAUCUCAUGAACAUGUCUGUCCCUGAAACUCAGCCGAAUAUAUUACUUCCCAACUCACGUCUAUUUUUAAUGAUUUUUACAUAUAACUCAGUGGCGGAUCCAAUAUUUCCGGAAAGUGGAGGACAUAUGUGAAUGUCAAGUAUUAGUGAAAAUACUCAGCCACUGUGGGUGCACAGUUUGGAGUUAUACUAACAUUAUUUUCUAAAUUUGUGUCGAAAAGGUGGUAGUGGUUCCCUCUAAAUUCGUCAUUUCAAUUUCUGCUAGGCAAAUAAAAAAGUUGGUUUCCAUUUUACCUAUCUAUCCUAACAAUUUCUGCCGACCCUAACACAUUUUUUCCAUUCUCACAGAUUUUGCAAAUGUCAUCACUACAACAAGAGUAUAUUUAUUGACUUAUUUAUCAAGUCAUUUAUUAUGCACUAAUACUAGACAGAUUCCAAAACACAGAAACAGUUUUUGUUUACAGUAAAGUGAAGAAAUGUAUUGAUUCAUUAUAUAAAUUUUAAUUGAUCACUAAAUAAUCACUUUAUUUUAUGCAUAGUAGAAUACUAAAUCAUUAGAAAAGUAUUCAACCUAUAAAAUCAGAAGAAAAAAAAUAACCUACCUACUUACCCUUGAAAAGUUUGAGGUGAAAGUGGAAACAAACAUAUAAUUUUCUUUUUUGGCCUUAUGAUACGAUACGUACAUGUACCUACAUAAUCACACUUCUCAAGGGGGUAAAACGAAUAAAAGAGGGAUAUUAAAGAGACGUCAAAAGCAAGAAGAGGACACAAACUUACUUAUCCCCAAAGAGUACACCUGAGAGUGGCACACGCCCCAGGACCACACCUAUGAAAAAUAAUUAACAAAUGUAAAAUGAUAUUGAUUUAAUUACCUAUUUUACUGUAGUUUAAACAUAUCAGUUGAGGUAAACAAUCCCAGUUGCAUUUGUAGAUGGACUUGAAGAGAGUUACCCAAACAUUGUAAUGUUGUUUAUUUUCUGAAAGGUCGGUUGGUAGUGAUGAAAUAACUUUAGUCCUGAUAGAAUAGUGAGAGCAUUCCUAAUUUAUACAGCUUUUUUCUGGGGGGGGGGGGGAUUUACCAUGAUAUGCAAGAUCCAUACACGUGUCGAUCCUCCUAAAAACCGGAGCUUUGAGUUAAUGAGUUGCCAUCAUCUUUUGAGUAUCAGUAGUUCUGUUCUGACUUAGUACAAAAUAUUUAUACAAGUUGUUAUUGGUGAUAUUUCAAAAGAAGUAAAUAUCCGAUUCCCAAUUCGAUUUUUAAAAUAAUCUUUUUUUAUUGAUAUUUUUUCUUUAGAAGACUCGAUGAAGAAGUUCUUCUUUGUUUCCAUUACCCUCUCGUAGAAAAGAUUUCAACUGUUUCAUUGACCAGUUUUCGAUUUCAGCAUCCAUACUCUACAUAUGACUUAAACAUUGUGCAGUUAGAUUGUGUUACUACUAGGACGUUGUAUGCACACUAAUGCUAUAAUACAAAGAAGGAUAACUCACGUUUUCAAACAGACCUAUAGCCUGUGGUCAUACAUGGAAAUUAUAUGUAUAGAAUUUGUAAAGAAUUACAUGUAUCUCAGACUUCUUAAUAAAUGGUAUUAUUAAACUGA